ACACACAUCAGAUCGCCACAUCUCCGACACCAACCCUCCUCCCCCUCUCGCCGUCGGCCCCGCCCGUCAGCCUCGGCCGAGUGCGUCUGCCUCGCACUCCCGCGGCCCCUAUAGACAGAGCAGCCGCUCUAGAGCGGGAGGAAAGGCGAGCAGAGGAGACAGAGAUGGGGAAGGGAGGAGGAGAAGAGGACGGCGCGGCGGCGGCCGCGCGCGCGGCGGAGCAGGCGCGGGAGCUGCAGGACGCGGCGGCUGCGCUGCUGACGCAGACGCGGGCGGAGGAGGAGGCGCUGCGCCGCCGCGCCGCCGCGUUGCAGGGGGAGCUGCGGCGGCUACGCGAGGCCGCCGCGGCGCACGCGGACAGCGACAAGGUUGAGGAGGACUUGGAUCGAGCAGCGUGCCUCAUCGCUGAAGGUGACGUUGCGUCGCUGCUCCCGAGCAAGACGCAAGGCGCUUUUCUGAAAAUGUUCUUGGGACCAGUAAAUUUGCGGGCAACAAGGAAGGAGGUGCAGCUCAAGGUGAAGGAGGAGUACAAUAGCUACAGGGACAGAACUGCCUUGCUGUUUCUUUGUUUUCCGGUGAUUUUGUUGUUUCUUCGACAAUGGUUAUGGAAUGGAUGUUUUCCAGUAUUGCCAGUUCAGCUAUACCAGGCUUGGUUAUUAUUCCUGUAUACCAGUUUAGCUUUGCGUGAGAACAUACUGCGAGUUAAUGGAAGUGAUAUUCGUCCUUGGUGGAUACUUCAUCACUACUGUGCCAUGCUGAUGUCUCUUGUAAGUCUCACAUGGGAGAUAAAGGGGCAACCUAAUUGUGCACGCAAGCAGAGAGGCGUGGAACUUUUCCUUUGCUGGGCCAUAAUGCAAGGAUUUGUCAUGAUGCUGCAGAAUAGAUAUCAGCGUCAAAGAUUAUAUACUAGGAUUGCUUUGGGGAAGGCUAAAAGAAUGGAUGUUGUAUGGGGAGAGACUGCUGGUGUUGAAGGUCAAUUGUUGCUGUUGUGCCCUCUCCUUUUCCUCCUGCAGGGAUUCGAGGGUUAUGUUGGGUUUUUACUUCUGCGCACAGCUCAUACUGGCGUUGUCCCUGAGUGGCAGGUUGUGGUAUGCGGGAUCCUGCUGAUCGCGAUGGCAAUCGGUAACUUUGCAAACACAGUGGACACCCUGGUAACCAAGUCCCGGUUCAAGGCGAAGAUGAAGAAAUCCAAGGGCAGACGGGACCUCGACACAUGCCCCUCGCCAACAGGUUCAUCAUCGCCGAUAGAUUCAGCGACCACCAAAGCAUGAACAAGGCCAAGAGGAAAAGGUGCCCGUGUUUAACCCGGGUGUGUUACCACUGUAAAGCAUUUUAGUGUUUUUUUUUCUUGGCCGUCAGCUCGUAAUCCUGUCCGUCGUCUGUGUCGAAGCUCAUACUCGUGUAAUCAAUCAUCAGGCAAGUAGGCUGCUGAUGGUUCUAGGCUGGAGGUGGCCGAGAAUAAACUUGUGGUGUUUGUUUAUAUACCUGUACCCUGAAUGAACAUCGAGUGGGCUAGGGUGGUGGGCUUAGGACUAUGUAAGGCUUAGCAAAAUUUUCCAAGUAUAGUUGUGAGACAGGCAGGCAUUUGUCACAAUGAAUGAAACAUGCGAAGUUGUAUACACGUUGUGGCAAUGUGUUGCUUUGUAUGUUGGUUGGUGCAUGCUUACGUUGCUCUGAAAU